AAUCGGUACAGGAUUGUCGUCUUGCCAGCCGAGUCGAGGCCGAGCAUGAGUAUACGGACAUCUUGGUCUUUGCUCCAUCGUAUCAACGACGACAACGACGUGAAAAGGGAAGAUAUUGUAAGACCCAUGGGAUCAGUAUGUCAGUUUGCUUUGUAGUAGUAGCAGUAGCAGUGUAAAUCUAUUUCCGGGGCGUUUGGCUGGCGACCUUAUCACGUGUGCGAGCCAGUUUGGAUCCAAAGAGAUCCAGGUGCCUCUGUUCGGAUUCGAAGUAAUUAUUUCCGAUAUCAUCCCUAGCCGUGUCUUGUCCUGUGCAGCAUGCCUGCAACAGCCAUCGGGGACGCAUCGCCCAAAUCACAAAAAAAGUCCAGGUCCGCGGACUCUAAUGCCAAGGAUGUCGGUCAAGAACACGUAAAGUCGAAGAAGAGAAAGCAUAAAGAAGCUACCAGUGACGCGUUGUCCAUGACCACCCUAAAAGGUCAAGCGGCUUCUACGACACGAGAUUCUCAGAGCGCGAGUCAUCCCUUAUCUCCUUCAAGUGCACCCUCUGCAGGAAAUGUCGCAUCCAAAAAUGUUCAGCUAGCAAACUUAACAACUACAAGUGAUACGGAGCGGAAAAAGAAGAAUAAGAGUUACUCGGAGGACGUGGUGCACGAGAAGUUGAAAGACAGAAGUGACGAACGUAGGAAGGAGAAGACGAAAAAGAAACUGAAGCACUCAGACGAAGGCCAACAUGAAGGAGACGCACUUAAUGGACAGGUCGCACAUUCAAACGACACCAAGGUCCAAACACCAGAAGAGGCUGCCUCAGAAAAGUCACAACAGAAGAAGAAGAAGAAGAGAAAGGCGGAGGAACAGUCGGGAGAAACACCUGAUAGCAAACCGCUCAAAAAAAAGAAAGGCCACCGUCCACCAGAUUUGCCCUCCACAGACCCUAGUGUAGACGAGUCUCUGCCUGAUCAAAGUCGGAAAGCGUUGUCGUAUGCAUAUGCACGAUUCGAGGAUCCACCGAACUGGAAGUUUAAUAAAGCCAAGCAGAUAUGGCUGAUUAAAAGAUUGUGGUCCGAAGAAAUGAUACCCGAGAAGUAUUUUACCCUAGUGACCAAAUAUCUCGCAGAUGUGAAGGGGGGGAAUUCGAGACUGGCCUUGGAGACACCGGAUCCUGUGACUCCAGAAUCAGUCGUAUUACCAAGUGAUCUUUCGAAUGGAGGGUCCACUACCACGACCAAAGUGACGAGAGCUCGUAGCUUACUGGGUGUUUUGUCGGAUGGACCGUGA